GAUGGGGAACCCGGAGCUCUGGACCGCAGCGCCGGGAGGACGCAGCGGUGCAGCUGGACCUCUGGAAUGCGAUGCGCACAUACACCUCAGCUAGCCUCAAAAUCUUGCGUCGCUCUCAGCAUCUUGGAGUCACAAGACAGAUAAUCCCGGGCUGCGAGUAUCUCAGAACUCUGGUCCCUGGAGCACAACGGCAAUUCUCCUGCUGAACUCUGAACCUUUGGGAUCUAGGGGAGGAAAUCGGUAUCUAUUUGGUACCGCCUAGGCAGCCUUAGGAGCUGUCCAGUGCUGAUCACGGAUGCGGCUGUGCCCCUGUGGUGUUCGGAGGGACAGAGCCUGCCGCGCCCCGCAGAGCCCCGGGCCGAGCUGCUGGGAGCUCUGACGCAGAGCCCUGGGAGAGCUGGGAGCAGUUGGCUCUGAGAUGGACAUGGAUCUGCAGAGACCCGACUCCUACCAGGGCGGAGCUGGCCCUCACUUCAGCGAGCAUGUCCUACAUAAGACCAUCCUGGUCGGUGACAGUGGCGUUGGGAAGACAUCUCUACUGGUUCAGUUCGACCAGGGCAAGUUCAUCCCUGGCUCCUUCUCAGCCACUGUGGGCAUCGGAUUCACAAACAAGGUGGUGACAGUGGAUGGUGCCAGGGUGAAGCUUCAGAUCUGGGACACUGCAGGACAGGAGCGCUUCCGCAGUGUGACCCACGCUUAUUACCGAGAUGCUCAGGCCUUGCUCCUGCUGUAUGACAUCACCAACAAAUCUUCUUUUGACAACAUCAGGGCCUGGCUCACAGAGAUUCAUGAGUAUGCCCAGAGAGAUGUGGUGAUCAUGUUGCUAGGCAACAAGGCGGAUGUAAGCAGUGAAAGAGUGAUCCGCUCUGAGGAUGGAGAGACACUGGCCAGGGAGUAUGGUGUUCCCUUCAUGGAGACCAGUGCCAAGACCGGCAUGAAUGUGGAGCUGGCCUUCCUGGCAAUUGCCAAGGAGCUGAAGUAUCGCGCAGGCCGGCAGCCUGAUGAGCCCAGCUUCCAGAUCCGUGACUAUGUGGAGUCCCAGAAGAAGCGCUCCAGCUGCUGCUCCUUUGUGUGACUCCCAAAGGGCUAAGAGGAGGCCCAGAGACCCUUGGGAAUGCAGUCAUUCUAACUGCCCAGCCAACCAGGAGAGAGCUGGGAGUUCAGUAGGCAGCCCUGGCCAGGGAGGCAGCUGCCACCCUCUUUUCUCAAGCUUCCCUGUGUCAUGGGAAGGGUAAAAUAAUCAUACUUUAUCUUAAUAUAUAUAAACUAACACCAAAAAAGGCGCCAGUGUGCCAUCCCUAAAAAAAACCACAAUAGGUAGGGACUUGGUGGUCCUUCUGCCUUCUGGGACUGGCUUCUAAAAGCCUGGACCUCCCUCCUAGCAGGGGUGUUACUGCACCAGCAUGGCACCAGGGAACACCAGAGCACUGCUAGGGUGUGGGAGCUGUUUGUGACCCUGUUACCAUUCUCACUGGGAAGGCUUAGGAGACCCCAGCCUUCUCUUCUUCCAUCUCCCCGGGGGACAGCCAUUCCCAUCAGGAAGGGCCUUAGUGCUGGGAACUAGCCCAAAGCCUCAGGAUAAAAGAUAAAAGUGGAUAUUGGGGUGUGUGUGUAAGAAGCAGUUACUUGGGAGGGGUCUGCUCAACUACCUCUGGGCUUCCUCACCCUCCUUUUGGAAGUGUGCCCCUUUUUCUCUAGCAUACAAGCACAGUGGGGCACCUGAAAAUAUUACUUUCUAGUCUCUGGACCUCACAUCCCAGGGAAUGCCCCACCAUCCCAUGGAAUCUCUCCCAUCAGCCUUCUGCCUGGGUUCCUACAGGUCAGAGCUAAGAAAAAAAGAUUUCCUUCCUUCCCAAUCCUGUGACAAGGUGUAUAGCACCACAGCUAUUUAAGGCAGAGGUAAGAGCCAGACAAAGAACUCACUGGCUCCUAGAGUGGGCGGGAAGCAGAACUGAACAACCCCAUAGUCCAAUUUUUCCCAGUAAGCCCCAGCUCUCUGUCUCCUCCCUGCUCUUUCCUUUAACUUCAGACUAAUACUAGGGCCAAAACAGUUUUAUCUCCUCCUCUUCUACUAAAUCAGGUGAAAGGGUAGGAUGUUGUCCAUUUCUGGGUGAGCCGAUGUAAUAGGUGCAAAACAAGGUAGUUUGGUCAAGCUUUGGGUAUGGAGAAGGGCAGCAAGGAGGUCUUAUAGGCCCGAGGCCAUGUGUCUCCCAAAGCCCUGGCCUCACCUUUAGAAGGAUGCUGGAGGUAUGCAGAUCCAUGACCCAUAGGCACCUUUUACUGCAGCUCUGUAGGCUGGGCAGAGACUGGUGCGCCAAGAAAGUAUGCAUUGCACAUUUCUGAGGUUAACUGCAUUUGCUUUCAAGGCAGAAAGCUUGGUCUACUGAGCAGAGUCAGCACUCUAAACUCGGGGUGAUAAGGAAGCUCUCUGUGACCUCUCACAGGCAGAUCGAGGAGGAGCCUGGGCUUGCCUGUUCUCUUCUGGGGCUCUGAGCAGGUUGCAGGAGCUCCAGUCCCAUAGCUCUGGGUCUCCGGCAUUUGUGUUUUUCAGAAUUAAAUUGCAGUAUUUUGGAAAGUA